CACUGUUUGGCACACACAACAUCUGCAUCUCAAAAAGUGUUAUUUUGUCCUCCUUGUUUUUCUUUUUAUGCAGAACCCCAAUCGAAUAAGUGUCAACGAUAAACUGCAUCCGAAUCCAAUUUUCAAGCCGAAACUUUUGCAGACCUUGGUUGCGUGCAGCGGAAAACCGCCGGAGUUUUAGUUAAACAAGAAACAACGAAGGACGCAAAAGUCCGGCGAAAGUUCAGAGCCACAUAUUUGUAUUUGCAAGCUUCCAAAAGUCAAAGCCUCGUGAUGAGUGCGCAGCCUAGUCCGCUGAUGAAUCCCCAGCAGCAGCAGCAACAGCAACAGCAGCAGCAGCAGAGCGAACAGGAGAAGGUGUACCAAUGGAUCAACGAGCUGGCCCAUCCGGACACCCGGGAGACCGCCCUGCUGGAGCUGAGCAAGAAGCGGGAGACCGACCUGGCCCCCAUGCUGUGGAACAGCUUCGGCACCGCCUGCGCCCUGCUGCAGGAGAUAGUCAACAUAUAUCCCUCGAUAACGCCGCCCACACUGACGGCACACCAGUCGAACCGCGUGUGCAACGCCCUGGCCCUGCUGCAGUGCGUCGCCUCGCAUCCGGAGACGCGCACGGCCUUCCUGCAGGCGCAGAUACCACUUUACUUGUACCCCUUCCUCUCGACCACUUCCAAGACCAGGCCCUUUGAGUAUCUGCGUCUCACCAGUCUCGGCGUCAUUGGAGCACUGGUCAAGACCGACGAACAGGAGGUGAUCACCUUUCUGCUGACCACCGAGAUCGUGCCCCUCUGCCUCAGCAUCAUGGACAGCGGUUCGGAGCUGAGCAAGACCGUGGCCACCUUCAUCAUCCAGAAGAUACUGCUCGACGAAUCUGGGCUGUCGUACAUUUGCCAGACCUACGAACGCUUCUCGCACGUGGCCAUCACCUUGGGUAAAAUGGUCAUCCAGCUGUCGAAGGACCCCUGUGCCCGUCUGCUCAAGCAUGUGGUGCGCUGCUAUCUACGCCUCUCGGACAACACUCGCGCUCGCAAAGCGCUGGGCCAGUGUCUGCCCGACCAACUGCGAGACGGCACAUUUGCGCUGUGCCUGCAGGACGACAAGUCCACCAAGCAGUGGCUGCAAAUGCUACUCAAAAACCUGGAGCUGGGCGCCACCCCGCAACAGAUCGGAAUGUCGCCGCUGGGUUCCUAGAAAGUAUUUCGAGUAUUGCUUAGGCCUUAGGCAUCUGCGAGGCCUCGGCAUCCCCACGAUCUGCAAGCCCCAUCGAUGAGUGAGCCAGCCAGCCCCGUCUCGACCGAAUAUAAUUAAUAAGCUUGCACGAGAUUGCCUGAGUUUAGCCUAAGCAGAGCUGUAAUAUAACUAUACAUAUAUACCGUAAAGUAAUGUUUAAAGUAAGAUCGUCACUGAUAGCAAAUAAAGAACCUCAUGCAGACGA